CGCUGAGGUCCUCCUAGGAAUACGAGAAUGCCUCACCCAGCGUCGGGAGACCUGUAACGACAGUUAGUCACUGUCCAGGAUGGGGCCUGGUGGGGGUUCGGUGGGUCACCACGCGACCCAGGACCCUGUUGCCCAGAUGAACACCUUCCGCUCAUACGUGUCCAUGCUGGCCGACCCUGGCUCAAAGGACGAAAACAAACUCAAAGCUGCACAAGCUCUCAGUGAAGAUCUGGAGGCCAUUGUAGCCUCGCCACAGUACCCAUCAUUCCUGGAACAUGCCAUGAAAAUCUUUAUCAAGAUCCUGAAUGAAGGAGAUCCACUCUUCAUAUCAGAGUACAAUAUUCAGCAACUUCGGAAAUUGAUUCUGGAGAUGAUUCACAGACUGCCCAGCAAUGAGCAGUUAAAGACAUAUCUGCGGCCCAUACUUACUCUCAUGUUUCGCCUGUUAGAGAAUGACAAUGAGGAAAAUGUCAUGGUCUGUCUUCGCAUUAUCAUUGAACUCCACAAGACUUUCAGACCGCAGUUUAGCCCAGAGAUCCAGCAGUUUCUUCAGUUUGUCAAAAAUAUGUACCAAGACCUGCCCAACCACAUGAACAAGAUCUUUGAACCCCGGCCUGUAAUACGUGUAACUGAUCUCUCGGAGGUUAAUGUUGAGGCGCUCUUGCAAGAGACUUUCACCAUUACACCUAUUCACACAGAGAAAAAGUUGCAGGAUGGCACCUCCAUAACUUAUAAUGUAAUUCCUCGUGCCGUGCUGUCCCUAAAGGUACUGACAGAAUUGCCCAUUAUUGUGGUGCUGAUGUUUCAGCUGUACAAACAGCAGGUUUACCAAGAUGUAGCUGACUUCAUCCCUCUCAUCAUGAACACAAUUGUUCUCCAACCAUUUGCACAACACAGGGAGCAUGAAGCAUUCAACAAGGAAGUGUUUGUUGACCUUAUUGCUGCACAGAUCAAGACUCUGUCCUUUUUAGCAUACAUCCUGAAGAUCUACCAAGAUGUGGUUGCACAGCACUCCACAAAACUGGUCACUGGAAUGCUCACGCUCCUCUCUCUCUGCCCCAAUGAAGUGGCUCAUCUGCGCAAGGAGCUGCUGAUUGCCACCAAGCACAUCUUGGCGCUUGAACUAAGAAAUAGAUUUGUCCCUCAUAUUGAUAAGCUGUUUGAUGAGAGCCUUUUGUUUGGAAGAGGCUGGACAGCGCAUGAAACCCUCCGCCCAUUGGCAUACUCAACAUUGGCAGACUUGGUUCAUCAUGUCCGUCAGCAGCUGGACAUGGGAGCCCUGACCCGUGCUGUCCAUCUCUUUUCGAAGAAUAUACAUGAUGAAACUCUUCCCACAAGCAUCCAAACAAUGUCAUGCAAACUGUUGCUUAACUUGGUAGAUUGCAUUCGGUCUCGCAGUGAGGCCAAUCCUAAUGAGCCAGGAGCAGGCAGGGACCUUUUGAUCCGUAUGCUUCAUGUCUUUGUGAAUAAGUUCAAGACUAUUGCACAGCUCCAGUUGCCGUACCUGAAAAACAAACAACAGCUCAACAGUGCAUCAAGCAGUUCUCCUGCAAAUAGCAGCAGUGGAACAUCCAGUAAUAGCACAGCAGUUCAAGAGGAGAGGAAGGAAGACAUUAGACUAAGCAUAACAGAAAUGGACAACAAAGAUAAAGAGUCCCAGAGGAUUGGCUUUCCACCCAAUGUAACAGUGAAUUACAGUGUGUCAGACUGUCGAGCACUAGUCAAGACCCUUGUUUGUGGAGUCAAGACAAUCACAUGGGGUUGUGCCUCGUGCAAGUCAGCAGUUGAUCCUGGUCUCACCCUCAACAAGUCCUUUCAUCCAAAGGAAACCCUUGUAUUUAUCCGUCUAGUCAAGUGGGCCAUGCAGGCGUUGGAUAUCUACACACUAAAUGCGCCAGGUAACCAACAGCCUUCUGGUCAGCGAGGACAGGUGCCUCAGACUGUCAGGUCCAAAGAGGAGAAAGAAGUAUUAGAACACUUUGCUGGAGUCUUUAUUAUGAUGAAUCCAGCCACCUUCAGAGAAAUAUUUUCCACAACUAUUGAUUAUGUUGUUGAGCGGAUAUACCACAAUACUGCACUGCAGAUUGUAGCCAAUUCCUUCCUUGCCAAUUCUACAACUUCACCAAUAUUUGCCACCAUACUUGUAGAAUAUCUCUUAGGUCACAUGGAAGAAAUGGGAACAUCCAUGGACAGAUCUAAUUUAUAUCUGAAGUUAUUCAAACUAGUCUUUGGGUCUGUAUCACUGUUUGCAGCAGAGAAUGAACAGAUGUUGAAGCCCCACCUCCAUCAAAUAGUCAACCGGUCAAUGGAGCUGGCCAUGAGUGCAAAGGAUCCCUACAAUUACUUUUUGCUGUUGCGAGCCCUCUUCAGGUCUAUUGGAGGAGGUAGCCACGACUUGCUGUAUCAGGAGUUUCUACCUCUGUUACCCACACUCCUACAGGGACUCAACAGCCUGCAAAGUGGCCUACACAAGCAACACAUGAAGGACCUAUUUGUAGAGCUGUGUCUUACUGUACCAGUGAGAUUAUCCUCUCUGCUGCCAUACCUCCCAAUGCUCAUGGAUCCUUUGGUGUCGGCUCUUAAUGGCUCACAAACUCUCAUUUCACAAGGACUCAGGACCCUUGAACUGUGUGUGGACAACCUUCAGCCUGACUUUCUGUAUGAGCACAUUCAGCCAGUGAGGGCAGAAUUAAUGCAGGCUCUUUGGAAGACACUCAGGAAUCCCAAUGACACCAUUGCUCAGGUGGCCUUCCGUGUCCUUGGAAAGUUUGGUGGUGGGAACAGGAAGAUGAUGAUUGAACCACAAAAGUUAGAAUAUAGUGAACAGGAGACCCCAAGUACCUGUAUCACUAUCCACUUCUCAGAGCACAAGUCCCCCAUCAUGCUGCCAGUUGAGAAAAUAAUUGAGACAGCUUUCACUGCUCUCAAGACCUCCACUACGGAACCCUGGUACAGGCGCCAGUGCUGGGAGGUGAUCCGCUGCUUCCUCAUUGGCUCCAUGCAGUUUGAUGAGGAAAAGCACAUGGUCAACAAGUUAUUCACACACCCUAACUUCAGGGAGGAGGAGCUCUUAACAGUGCAUGGACCAUACUAUAAGUGUCCUGAUGAACAAGCAAGGCAAGUGCACCAGAUGGCUGUAACUGCCAUGUUUGUUGCAGCAGCCAUUAAGGAUCUUCGGAAGAGUGUAUUGCCAACAAUGGUGUCAUUAGUAAGGCAUUACACUAUGGUUGCCAUUGCACAACAAGCUGGACCUUUCAACAUGAUGGGUCGCUGGACCAAGGUACAGGGGAUGGAUCCUCUUGUUCUGAUUGAUGCUCUGGCUGUCAUUAUGGGACAUGAAGAGAAGGAACUCUGUAAACCAGGACACUUGGCACUUGUUCUCAUCAUGGAAGCUGCCACAAAUAUACUUGGAACAAAGGAGAGAGCUUGUCAGCUGCCUCUCAUGGAAUAUCUUGUGGAGAAGAUGUGUGGUCUCUGUUAUGAACGUGCUUGGUAUGCAAAGCUUGGUGGGUGCAUUGCUAUCAAGUUCUUAUUUGAGCGUAUGGCACUCAAAUGGGUUUUAGAACACCAAUUCCCAUUUUUGCGUGCAUUGCUCUUUGUUAUGAUGGACCUGACAGGUGAGGUCUCAAGUGGUGCAGUAGAUAUGGCCAAAAAUAAUCUGGAGAGGAUGUUGCAGGUAUGUGGAGCUCCAUUGGAAGGAGAAAACAACACUGAUGAAAUGAGACAGAUACAGAGCAAAUCCCUUCAUGAUGUAACCCAUGAGUUGGUACGGCAGGUCACAUCUCCAAACACAACAGUGAGAGAGCAAGCCAUGCAGAGUCUUCAUGUUCUAGCAAAACUUAGUGGCAGAGGAGUCACUGAAGUGAUGCAGCCUCACAAAGAUGUAUUAGCAGACAUGAUUCCACCUAAGAAACAUCCUCUGCGACAACAACCAGCCAAUGUUCAGAUUGGUCUGAUGGAUGGCAACACAUUCUGUACUACCCUGGAACCUCGCCUGUUUACCCUUGACCUCAGCCUACAAGAGCAUAAAUUCUUUUUCUCAGAAUUACACAUGCUGGUAGAGACAGAAGACUCCUACUUAGCAAAACUCUCUUGUUACAAAAACAUAGGAAAUCUUGUGCCAUUAAGGAAGUCUGCCCUGAAGGCUCUUGCUGCCUGUCAUUAUAUCCCUCAGAUAAGAGAGAAAAUCUUCCCAACUCUGUACAAAGCGCUGAAUAAUUCAUCGCAUCCUGAGCUCCAAGAGACUGCUUUUGAAUGCCUAAAGAAAUUCCAGAGUGGGUGCCAGGUAGACAUGGAGAUGGUCCAUUCUGCUAUGCGUCCUUUGCUUGGGCAGCUGUUUCACCAUAGAAGUGUCACUCUGCCUGUCAUUCACAGACUCUCUUACUUGACCCAACUCUUCCCAUACACCUUUAAUGAAAAGCUAUGUGAGCAACUCACACAACACUUGAAAAACCUUAUAGAAAUGGCUAUUAUGAGCAGAAAGCAAAAUACAUCUGUGACCAAACAGGAUAACAAUGACCUCAAGCUUUGUGCCAACAUUGUUGGUAUUUUCCACCAGAUUCCAGCAGCAUCAGCAAGAUUUGUAGAAGCAUUGUGUAAGCUUGUGUUGCAGACUGAAAGAGCUCUAUUGAUUGAGGCUGGUAGCCCCUUCAGAGACCCACUAAUGAAGUUCUUGUUACGUUACCCUGCUGAAACUGUUGAAUUGUUCCUCUCAGAGCCCCAUGCCCGUGAUCAACAGUGGGGAAGAUACCUAGAGUUCCUAGUGCGGCACAAAGAGAGCAGUCCAUUCCGCCAACACUUGCAGACAUGUACAGACAAGCUUCUGACUGUGCUCCUUGCAACCCCAACAGCUGUACAAAUUGCAGGACUUCAGCAGCAGCACUACCAGCAACAGCCUCUCACCAUUGCAGACCAGGCACAGCUUCAGUACUUGGCCAUUCGCAUCAUUUUACUGCUGUCUCGACAGGAUGACCAGUGGCUUGCAGCUCAAAGCCAGCUAGUUAUGGCAAUAAGGAAUCUUUGGACUUCUGAUGAAUUCCAAGAGCGACAUCACUCUGCUGAGAACACUGAUUUCAUCCACUGGAAGGAACCUCGCAUGGUGGUGUCAAUUCUCUUGAUGUAUUUCAAGCAUCAUACAGAUGACAUCAAUCUGCUGUUCCAACUACUACGAGCAUUUAUUGGGAGGUUUAUUCCAGACUUCCAAUUCUUGAGAGAUUUCCUUGAACAAACAGUUGCUCAAACCUACACUGUAGACUGGAAGAGAUCAGCUUUCUUCCAGUUUGUGGAGGUCUUUGAAGAUGUGUCAGUACCACAGGAACUGAAGGCUGUUAUACUGCAGUACAUCAUCAUCCCUUGCCUCACGGUUAGCUUGGAGAAUGGGGAUGGAGACAGGCUCAUAGGAUACCCUCCUGCACCAGACCAAGACCAUCCUGACAAUGUUGUCUCGGUUUUCAUCACACGAGUCAUCAACCCAGACGAGCCUUUUGUGUACAGCGAUGCAGUGAGGAUUCUGCUGCUGCAGCUCUCCUGUCUGUUGGUGGAGCAGGCCUCGGCUCACAUCCAUGAUGCAGGCAACAAGAGACAGGGUCAGAAAUUGAGGCGCCUCAUGACAUUUGCUUGGCCUUGUUUGCUCUCAAAGAACUGUGUGGAUCCAGCCACCAAAUACCAUGGACACCUCCUUCUUUCACACAUCAUUGCCAAGUUUGCCAUCCAUAAGCGCAUUGUACUGCAAGUGUUCCAUAGCCUCUUGAAAGCCCAUGCCAUGGAAGCAAGAUCUGUGGUACGUCAGGCCCUGGAGAUCCUAACCCCUGCAAUGCCAGUCCGCAUGGAAGACGGUAACACAAUGCUGACUCACUGGACCCGCAAAAUCCUCGUGGAAGAGGGUCACUCUGUAGGACAGCUGGUUCACAUCCUGCAGCUGGUGGUCCGACAUGCCACUGUGUACUACCCUGUGCGACACCACCUCACUCACCACAUUACGCAGGCCAUGCAUCGCCUAGGGUUCACGCCCACAGCAAACUUGGACCAAAGGAGACUUGCUGUUGAUUUAGCUGAGGUAUGUAUUAAAUGGGAAGAAGAAAGAGUAAGAGAGGAGACAGAUGCUGAUGGUGGCAGUGAAUUAGCCCAGCAACUUCACCAACCAGGUGGCAUAAAGCGCUCCUCAUCGACUGAUGGCCCCGAGGCAAAGAGGGCAAGAGUAUCUGUAGGAGCAAGUUCCCGGGGAAGUAUUGAUGCCACAAAACCCAUGGAAAAAGCACAUGCCGAUGCUGUUGUUUACUUUUUGCUAAGACUGGCAUGUCAGGUAAAUGAGAGCACAACCACACCUGGAACUGUAGCUCCUGGUGAAGCACUGUCUAGGCGCUGUGUGGCACUGCUGAAGCGAGCCCUCAAACCAGACAUGUGGCCACAUGCUGACCCCAAGUUGGCAUGGCUGGACAAACUUUUCCUCAAUUUGGAGUCAACACAGCCAAACCUGGCAAACGUUUGUGUUGGCUUGGAAGUUCUGACAUACCUCAUUGGGACUUUGAGGCGUGAACAGAUCCUGGGAGCAAUGAGAGGCUUGACAAGAGGAUUGGUGGCGUGUAUGGCCUGUAGUAACUCUCGUGUUGUCCGUCUAACGCACACGCUGCUGGCCAGGCUCAUGUCCACAUUUCCCACCGAGCCAACAUCUGCCACUGUGGCUUCCCGCUUUGAAGAGCUGGAAGAUCUGUAUUCCAGAAUUGCCAAGAUUGUCUUCGAAGGUCUGACGUCGUAUGAGAAAAAUGCCAAUGCUUCUCCUACAUCACUCUUUGGCACACUGAUGAUCCUGAAAGCAGCAUGCCAGAACAAUCCAUGCUACAUUGAUCGCCUCAUUAUGCCCUUCAUGAAGGUCUUGCAGAGGAUGGCAAGAGACCAUCUCAACCAUCCUUCCACGGAUAACAGCACAGUGGGUAGUGAACUUUUGAUCCUGUCUCUUGACUUGGUGAAGAACCGUGUGGGAGUGAUGGGCGUGGAUAUGGGCAAGGCUUUUAUUGGCACCAUUUUAGUCGGCCUCAUUGAGAAGACUCCUGAUGUCAAGGUCAUGAAGGCUAUCACCAAGAUGGUGGAAGAAUGGGUCAAAAUGGGUAGUGAACUUUUGAUCCUGUCUCUUGACUUGGUGAAGAACCGUGUGGGAGUGAUGGGCGUGGACAUGGGCAAGGCUUUUAUUGGCACCAUUUUAGUCGGCCUCAUUGAGAAGACUCCUGAUGUCAAGGUCAUGAAGGCUAUCACCAAGAUGGUGGAAGAAUGGGUCAAAAACAAAACUCCAAUUGCCAUCAAUCAAGGUCCAAGUUUGCGUGAGAAGUCCAUACUCUUGGUAAAACUCAUGCAGUAUGUUGAAAAAAGAUUCUCAGAGGAUACAGAACUAAUGGCUCAGUUCCUGGAGUUGGUCAAUCACGUUUACCGUGAUGAGACGCUGAGGAAUACAGAACUCACUGCGAAACUUGAGCCUGCCUUCUUGGCUGGUUUACGGUGCACACAGCCUCCCAUUAGAGCCAAAUUUUUCCAGGUGUUCCAUGAGAGCAUGAGAUCCCGCUUGAGUGAUCGGCUGCUGUACAUCAUCUGUUCUCAAAACUGGGACCACAUGGGACCACACUACUGGAUCAAACAGUGCAUUCAACUUCUCCUUGUUACAGCUCAGCAGAGUACACAGAUCCAGAACUCGUCACAACAGGUGCUUCUGCCAGGAGUAACAGCUGUGAUUAACUGGGCAGAUGCAGCUGAGAGAGCCAACUUCUCGGUCUUUGCCAGCAUAAAGGAGGAGGCGUCUGACCUUGAUCAGGCCCUAGAUUCCUCUGUAGAUAAGGAGGAUGAGAUAGACAUCGAACUAUCAUCAGUCCCUGCAGACGGUGCUCAGUCUAUUGAUGGGAAUGUGAAGAGUCAGGCCAAUCCUAAGGCCAAUUUGCACCUGUUGUUGUCAAGACAGUCAAAGUUUAUGGAGAGUGUCAAGGAAGUGACGACGUGGCAGUUCCUGUCGGCGGUGUCGCAGCUGUGCCACAUGGACACCAACCUGGCUGAAUGGGUGUGGCUGCAGUUCUUCCCCCGCAUUUGGAAGAUCCUCAGCGAGAAACAGCAGCAGGGUAUUGCAAGCGAGGUGAUUCCAUUCCUCUGUUCUGGAUCACAUGUCAUCCAGAAAGACUGCCAUCCCUCAGCCCUCCACACCUUCACAGAGGCCCUGGCACAGUGCCAACCACCAGUGCCCAUCAGACCAGCAAUAAUGAAGUACCUAGGGAAGAGCCACAACCUUUGGCACCGCAUGACCCUUCUCCUGGAGCAGGCUGCUUUGGAACAGGGUGCCAUGACUACUCCCAGGUCUACUAAGAAGGACCUGUAUGACUCCUAUGACAUGGAGCCUGUCACGAAUCCCCAACAGGAGAUACUAGACUCUCUCUCAGAGAUGUAUUCCCUGUUGAAAGAAGAGGACCUUUGGGCUGGACUGUGGCAGACAGUAGCCCACUAUCACGAGACAAGACUGGCUGUGACCUUUGAACAACAUGGGUUCUUAGAACAAGCACAGGCAGCAUAUGAAUUGGCCAUGACAAAGGCCCGAACAGACAUGGCAGUUAGACCGGCCCCAGUCAAACUGCAGUCGGAGAUGAAGCUUUGGGAGGAUCGAUGGAUAAGAUGUGCAAAGGAGCUGAACCAGUGGGACUUAGUGCAAGAGUAUGGCAGCAGUGAAGCAUCGGGGAAUGCUUUGCUGGUCCUCGAGAGUGCGUGGAGGGUCCCUAACUGGGCACGCAUGAAAGAGGCAUUGGCCCAUGUAGAGCAGUCGUAUCCUAAGGAGUUAGCCUGGAAGGUUAACUUGUACCGUGGCUACCUGGCCAUCUGCCACCCAGAGGAGGAACAUCUCAAGCUGGUAGAGAAGCUGGUGGAGGCAGCAACUGUUCUCUGCAUCAGGGAGUGGAAGAGGCUUCCACAUAUUGUGUCACACAUCCACUUACCAUACCUACAAGCUGCUCAACAGGUAAUGGAACUGCAAGAGGCCUGCCAGAUCCACCAAGGCCUUGUCCAUGGUCGUACAAAUUCUCUCCAUGACAUGAAGGCCAUUGUCAAGACAUGGCGCAAUCGGUUGCCUGUCAUUGCUGAUGACCUCUCCCAUUGGUCUGACAUCUUCACCUGGCGACAGCAUCAUUAUCAGUUCAUUGUCAAUCAUUAUAAUGACUCUAGUGAAAAUCAGAGCAUGCUAGGUGUCCAUGCCUCAGCACAAGCAAUCAUCCACUUCGGCAAGAUUGCACGGAAGCACAAUCUAAGUAACGUGUGCUUUGAGUCCCUGUCACGGAUCCACACAAUCCCCUCCGUGCCAGUGGUGGACUGCUUCCAGAAGAUCCGGCAGCAGGUCAAGUGCUACCACCAGAUGGCCACUGCAACGGGAAUGGGCAAGAACGAGCUGCAAGGGGGUCUGGAAGUGAUUGAAUCAACAAACCUAAAAUUCUUCAACAAAGACAUGACAGCAGAAUUCUAUGCAUUGAAGGGCAUGUUUUUGGCACAGCUGGGUCGAAGUGAAGAAGCAAACAAAGCCCUGAGUGCAGCAGUACAGCUGCAUGACACCCUUGUCAAAGCCUGGGCUCUUUGGGGGGAUUACCUGGAAGCCCUCUUCACCCGCGACCCCACACACAUCAACCUCGGGGUCUCUGCCAUCACCUGCUACCUACAUGCAUCUCGGCACCAGAAUGAGUCCAAAUCUCGAAAAUAUCUUGCCAAGGUGCUGUGGCUGUUAAGCUAUGACGAUGAGGCGGGAAGUCUGAGUGAUGCUGUUGAUCGCUAUUGCAUUGGGGUUCCUCCCAUACAGUGGUUACCAUGGAUACCACAGCUCCUCACCUGCCUGGUGCGGCCUGAGGGCAAGGUAAUCAUCAACCUCCUGAACCAAGUGGGUAGGAUGUUCCCACAGGCUGUGUACUUCCCCAUUCGUACCCUUUACCUUACGCUCAAGAUUGAACAGAGAGGGCGUAUCAAAAGUGUGGAUCCCUCAGCUGCGACUGCACAGAAGGCCCAGCAAGGCAGCCAGGCACAGCAACAAGGGCAAGGCCAAGCAUCCACGCAGCAGCAAGCACAGCAGGGACAGCAAAGUGGGCAGCAGCAGGCCACAGAAACUGCAGGAUCUAUCAAGGCGACAGAGCCAAUGUGGAGGUGUUCACGCAUCAUGCACAUGCAAAAGGAACUCCAUCCAACGGUCCUGGCGUCUCUAGAGGGCAUUGUGGAUCAGAUGGUGUGUUUCCGAGAGUACUGGGAUGAGGUAGUGUUACGACAACUCCGCCAAGCACUUGCAAAGUGUUAUGCAGUUGCUUUUGAAAAUUCAGCAGCUGUCUCAGAGGCCAAUAUUACACCACACACCCUCUCUUUUGUGAAGAAACUUGUUUCAACCUUUGGAAUUGGUAUUGAAAAUAUCAGCAGCUCAGUGAGUGGUGGAGGGCAGUAUGGCAGUGCGGCGUCUGAGUCCUUGGCCAGACGUGCCCAGGCAACAGUCCAAGACCCAGUGUUCCACAAGAUGAAAGGCCAGUUCACCACUGACUUUGACUUCUCACAGCUGGGCUCCAUGAAGCUGCACAACCUUAUACACAAGCUCAAGAAAUGGAUCAAGAUCUUGGAGGCCAGGGUGAAGCUGCUGCCCAAGUGGUUCCUUAUUGAAGAAAAGUGUCGUUACUUGAGCAAUUUCAGUCUUCAAACAGCAGAGGUUGAAUUACCAGGAGAGUUCUUAUUGCCAAAGCAUUCGCACUACUACAUCCGGAUAGCAAGGUUCAUGCCCAGAGUGGACAUAGUGCAGAAGCACGGUUCUGCUGCCAGGAGGCUCCACAUUCGUGGUCACAAUGGCAGAGUUUAUCCCUACCUUGUGGUGAAUGAUUACUCGCUUAGUGAUGCACGUCGAGAAGAACGUGUCUUGCAGCUGCUGAGGAUGCUAAAUCACUUCUUUGCCAAACAAAAGGAGACGAGUCGCAGGCUAGUCAACCUAAGCAUCAGUCGUGUGGUGGCUGUGUCACCACAGAUGAGACUGGUGGAGGACAAUGUGUCUUCUCUUUCUCUCCUUGACAUAUACAAGCUCCGGUGUGCGAAGAGGCAACUGGAGCCUGACACACCUGUCACAAGAUAUUAUGAGAGGCUGGCAUCUGUGCAGGCGCGAGGUUCACAGGCUUCUCAUCAAGUGCUACGAGAAAUAGUGAAGGAAGUGCAGAACGCCAUGGUGCCCAGGUCCAUGCUCAGAGACUGGGCUCUCACUACUUAUCCAAACCCCACUCACUACUGGACGUUUAGAAAAAUCCUCACCAUCCAGCUAGCACUAAUUGGGCUUAUGGAAUACCUGCUCCACCUAACCAAGCUGUAUCCUGAUAUGAUGUACAUUCACCAGGACUCAGGGCUUAUCAAUGUUGCCUACUUCAAAUUCAACAUUGAUGAUGCCAAAGUGAAGGAAGUGCAGAACGCCAUGGUGCCCAGGUCCAUGCUCAGAGACUGGGCUCUCACUACUUAUCCAAACCCCACUCACUACUGGACGUUUAGAAAAAUCCUCACCAUCCAGCUAGCACUAAUUGGGCUUAUGGAGUACCUGCUCCACCUAACCAAGCUGUAUCCUGAUAUGAUGUACAUUCACCAGGACUCAGGGCUUAUCAAUGUUGCCUACUUCAAAUUCAACAUUGAUGAUGCCAAAGUUUUGGGAGCAAAUAUGAUACUGAGCAUGGAAAAGUUCUCUUCCAUUUUCCGGCACCAGCGGCAGGAGGGGGCCAGCGUAGAGGGCUCUCAGGGUACAGGGCCAAUGGAAGGGGAAGCCCUCAUUACCCGUGUUAACAAAGCAGUCACUGCCAUAACCACUCGCAUACAGUCGCUAGCAUCCAGUGAUGGGGCCGACAGCAAGGUGACACAGCUGGUGCGUGCUGUGAACUGUGUGGACAACUUGUGUCGCAUGGAUCCAGCCUGGCAUCCAUGGCUGUAGGUUGUGAAGGGAGAGUUGGGGAUUUUAAUAAAUUAAGUGUUUCAUUUGCCACCUGAAGGGCAAAUUCAGAUCAGCACCUAAUGUUUAGGUGGAUAUUGUGUACAGGAGAAACAGGGACUUUGUACAUAUUACAUAGUGAAUACAUGCAUUGACAGUAAUGCCCUUGGUGUAAUGAUGUUAAGAAUCAACUCUUACUGUCAUAGAUAAUAUAGACAUUACCAUCUCCAGACGUUGAAAUGGAAAGGUAUUACUCCACAUAUUUAUUUAUUCCAGUAUGUAGAAAUCAUCUUACAUGUCCUGUCAGCAUUACUCAUCGUGUCCGCUCUCUUCAUUUAAGCUAAUUCACAUAUGAAUGACAUUUUGCUGUGGCAGUUAUCAUUUCAUGUUACAAAUCUCAUGUGAUCAUUGUUUUAUACAAGUAGUUUUAUACAUAGAUUAUAUAUAAAUUUCCAAAUAUAG